AUGUCUUACUCGGGUUCUUUUCCGCUGGGUCCCAGCCCCCGUGGCCGCUCUGCUAGCCGGCACGACGACGACAUCUUCGGCAGGCCAAGAUCCUGGUCCUCUAGGAGCAAAAGUAGACCUCGGCUUUCAGAACCUGAACUCAGCUACCGCCCGCUUGACCCCGUAUUUGGUGGCUACAGUCAUUCUCGUCCCCCCAGCCGACCCCGUCGUCCCAGCAUUUCCGUGGCUCAUACCGGGGCCUCAUUCGUCACCCCCGGGACACGCGACCCCAAUUAUCUGGACCCUGUAUUUUCCUCUCCGGCAUCCCGUACCUCUAGGUCUCCUUCCCGUUAUCCGCCUUCUGCCUCCAAGUCAGGUUCUCUCUCGUACACCUUGACCGGACUCCCUGUGGAUAACAGGGGCCGCAGCCGGUCACGGCGUAGAUCAUCUAUCAGUCUCGGCGACGCCCCAACCACAGGCAUAUUCGCACUCGACCUCGGCACGGACGAAGCACUAGGAUAUGGGCCAGACAGCAGGUCGCGGCGACCAAGACCAGCGAGUUUAGAACGACAGGUCCAUGAUCCUUUCAGGUUCCGAAGUGGAACUAGUACCUCGUGGUCCGGGUCUGGUGAACACACCUCGGGUUCGCUUGACGAGAAUCCAUUCGCACCUAGCGGAAUCUCACGACGGCCCACAGCACCUGCCUUAGAUCAGCCGUUCAAAUCCAAGUUCUUUGGCAGUGGGACCUCCUCUUCCGGGUCCGACCCUUCCGCUGCGCGGCCCCUCGAAGGAGGCAGUGAUCCGUCCCUCACCGGCCGGCGAAGAUCUCGCUCGACCGCCCGAAGCAAGGAGAGCAGCCUGUUUGGGCGUGCCAGUGGGGAGGAAGACUGGGACCUCCCACUGCCCACUACGUCUCUUAAUCGUCCUAAUGCACGCGGGGCUCCCCAAACCCGGCGUACCUCGUUCAAGUCGGGGUUUUCGGACCAGAUGGAAUACGAUGAGUAUAGCCAAGAGCACUUUCGCCCUGGGACCGACAUCCACAACCGUUACAAUGCGUACAGUGCCGACAAUCUGAACGCAACCGAUGCCAUCAUCACCUACAGCGAGAAGAAAGCCCAGAUCCCUCCACGAAAGCGGGUCACUUCCGGGCCUCACGCUGCCAUUGGUGACUCAACUAAUUACAAUCUAGGAAACACUUUUACCAUCCCCGAGCACCGAGAGCUUCGCUCCCUCGCCCACCAGAGCUUCCAGCACCGCAGAGCCGAGACCCUCGGCCGCGAGUCCUUCAACCGGGACUACGGCCGAGUCUGGGAGAAGCGGGCGCUGCAGACGGGGAACCCCAACACCGAGAACCACGAGGACGUCGCCAGAGCGAUGCACCAGAACGCCAACGAGUGGCGCGAUAUACGGGAGACGCACGCCGAGGCCCUGUUGGACCUGGGCUAUCCCGAGGCUGACCUGACCCCAUACAGUUCGUGGGGCAGCCAUGCCGCGAGUCGUGGUGGUAGUCAUCGCAGUUGA